UGUACCUGCUCCCGCAGCCCGCUGGUUGCUCAGGGAGCCAAUGAGAAGCGCACGGGUCCUGGUCGCCUAGGAAACCGCGUGACAACAAGAUGGCGGCUCCGCGGGACGGCUCCGUGGUCCUACGUGGGAGUUCCUGAUAGCUAGAAUCUCAAAGAAGAACUAUGAGCUCACCUUUGGCUUCCCUUGGCAAGACCCGGAGAGUGCCUCUGCAGUCAGAGCCUGUGAAUUCAGGGAGGCGAGGGGUAAAACUCUAUGGAGACGAAGAUGAAGUGGACAUGCUGAAUGACGGACAUGGCUCAGAAGAAAGGAUCUCUGUCCCUUCCUGCUAUGGCGGCAUAGGUGCCCCUGUGAGUAGGAAAGUCCCUGUAUUCCAAGACUCGGAGCUGGUGGCCACCAUGACAAAGAAGGUGCGGGAUCUGGAGCAGCAGGUGAAAAUCCAGACUGACGAGAUGCUGUCCAAGGAUCGGAAGAUACAGGCCCUGGAGGAAUUAGUGGAGACCCUCCAGCAACAAGAGGGCCAGACGUCCCUGCAGCGGCAGGAGGAGCUGGAGAUGAUGUGCAUGCAGCUGCAGCAGCAGGUCGAAGAGAUGGAGCGGUUCCUCAGUGACUACGGCCUGCAGUGGGUGGGCGAUCCCGUGGACCAGGAAGACCCGGUGGACAGUACAGACUCCAAAGAUGGCAGGAGGGACCGGAUGACAGCCAAGAAGUUCUGGAAGCCAGGGGAUUCCUUGGUGCCCCCUGAGGUGGACUUUGACAGGCUGCUGGCCAGCCUGAAGGAUCUCAGUGAGCUGGUGGUGGACAGUGAUGCCCAGGUCAUGCCAGAGCCCAGCGGAACGCGGUUCCAUGUCAAUGAGCCCAUCCCACUGAAGCUCUACCGGAAUGGCAUCAUGAUGUUUGAUGGGUUCUUCCGGCCCUUCCAUGAUCCCUCCACACAGCGCUGCCUCCGAGACAUACUGGAUGGUUUUUUCCCAUCGGAGCUCCAGUGCCUGUACCCUGAUGGGGUCCCCUUUAAGGUGAGUGACCUGCGCAAUCAGGUCUACCCAGAGAAUGGGCUGAACCCAUUCCCAGGCGAGGGCCGCUUGGUGGGACAGCAGAGGAUUCACAAGCUGUCAGUCGGGAUGGAGUACCCAGGCUCCAGGAUAACCGCUGAGAAGUUUCUGAACAGGCUCCCCAAGUUUGUGAUCCGUCAAGGCGAGGUGAUUGACAUCCGGGGCCCCAUCCGGGACACCUUGCAGAACUGCUGCCCGUGGCCUGACCGGAUCCAGGAGAUCGUGGUGGAGACGCCAGCCUUGGCCGCUGAGCGUCAGAGGAGCCAGGAGUCACCCGAGUCGCUGGCACCCCCGCUCUCCACGCUGCGCAUCAAGUCGGAGAACGGCGAGCAGGCUUUCCUAAUGAUGAUGCGGCCGGAGGACACCAUCGGUGACGUGCGCAGCCUGCUCGCACAGGCCAGGGCCGUGGACGCCAACACCUUCGAGAUCUUCAGUCCGUUCCCGCCCACGGUCUACCACGACGACGCGCUCACGCUGCAGGCCGCAGGCCUGGUGCCCAAUGCAGCAAUGCUGCUGCGAGCGUGCCAAGCUGAACCACCAGCGCCCUGACCCAGCCCCCAGUGCGAAUAAAGCACCCGCCC